CUCUCAGAAAAUGUUUGUCACAUUUUGUCUUCUGUUGAUGAUCAGAGUCGCAGGCUCUUCAGAUGAUCAGAUGUUUGAUAUAAAGUCUGUUGCUGCUCAACAAAAUGUGACUUUGACAUGUCCUCGUUCAUUUGGGGUCAAGGAUCUAUUAUUUUGGCUGAGAAUCAUUUCUGGUCACCAGCCUGAAUUCUUGGGAGGAACAUAUGCCUUUGACUUAAAUAAAGUUACUCAGACGACUCAUUUCACAACCAAACAAGGACCUGGAACUUUCAUUCUGCACAUUAAUCACACUCAGAUCAAUGAUACUGGACUUUACUACUGCAUACGGACCAGCAAGACUAACAUGACCUUCUUGAGAGGAGUGCUUCUCAAAGUUAAAGCUCCUCCGUCUGCUGCGGUCCAUCCAGGAGAGUCGGUGUCUCUGCAGUGUUCAGUCCUCUCUGACUCUGAGAAGAAAACAUGUUCAGAAGAUUACAGAGUUCACUGGUUCAGAGCAGGAUCACAUCAAUCUCACCCCAGUUUCAUUUAUACUCAUGGAGGCAAAGCAGAGUGUGGAAAGUCUUCACAGAAAUGUUUCUAUAGCUUCUCUAAGAAGGUCAGUGUCUCUGAUGCUGGUACUUAUUACUGUGCUGUGGCUGCAUGUGGAGAGGUCAUGUUUGGAAAUGGAGCAAAACUGGACAUUAGAGAAUCCAAAGAGGAGGAUUUGAAAAGAGCCAACACAGCCCUUUACAGUCUUGGUGCAGCUUUUGUUGCAAGUAUGAUUGUUUCAGUCUGUCUCAUUUGGACGAAUGAGAAAAAGGAUUGUCACGACGUGAAGACGGUCGUCAUGUACAGCAGAAUGUCUAAAACUGCGAGCAAAACCAGCCAGCAGUGAUCAGCAGGUGAAGCUUCAUUGAUCUAUUCUGCACCAACCUUCAGCAGACGAAAAGUUACCAAAGCGGAAAGAGGAAACACACUCAGAUCAUAAAGAGAAGAUACACAUUGAUGUGCUUUUACACCACUCAAUCACAAUUUACCAAAAAUGAAAAAAAUCAAUUUGUCAUGAUGGUUUUUGAUGCUAUGUCUAAAAACAAAACAAAACAAAACAAAAAAAUGCUCUGGAAUUGCACUUGUAAAUAUUAUCCCGCUUGUUGUGAAUUAUUGUGAAUUUCAGAUGUUCAUGACAGUGUCUUCAACGUUAUCUGACUAUUUUUUAUCUAUAACAAGGUUUUUAGAACAACAACUUCUGCUGGAUGAAACAUUUCAAUUCAGCAUAAACUGAUGUACACAACUAAAAUUUACUUUUGUCACAUUUUAGACUUCAUUUUCAUGCAUACUGAUUUUUUGUGAAUUGUACCUUUGUUUAUUUGUAAACAUAAGCCUUCAGUGCAUUGAAACACGACUGUUGCUGCUACAUUUACUGAAUGAGCCCAAAUCAGCAGAAGGAGACGUACAGAGUGACUGAGACUCAAGAUCAACCUGCUCAGAAGGAGAGGAAGCAUGUUCAGGUGAAAGACUGCACAGGAAUUUUAACGAGGAUUUUAAGUUCAAGCAAAGUCAUACACACACGUGCAGAUGUGCAUGCUCACACACAAACACAGUGGGUACAAUAAGCAGAAGAAAUAGAUUAAACUGUUGCCCAUAUGUCAUCAUGAAUUUGAACACCUCCCUUCAUGUAUUAGCAGCUACCAUUAAACACCAGACAUGAGAUUAAAAAGAAAAGACGUCAGAAAGUGAGCAGGUUUAUCAGUGUAGUCGUUCUUUCAUGUAGAAUUACUGCUGUUUCCCUGAAUCGCUCUGAAAACAACCUCAAUCUGAAAAGGCUGUACUUCCUGAAAUGAAACCAGAGGGUGAGACAGGAAGAAAAAGAAAAAAAAACUCUGCAGUCAUGUACUUGUUUAAAAUCACAACCACAACGAAGGUCACUUUACUUAGUUUCAGGCACAAGCAAAAAUGUGAAGAAAAGAACACAUAUAGCAUAAAGAAGCAACAAAUUUACACAGUUUGUAUCCAACUCAAGGUUCAAAGGCAAAACUCAUCAUGUAAGCUGUUUUACUGGAGAUCUUCCUGAGUGAAAAUUAAACUGAUAUUGUCACAGAAAAGAUUUUAGGAGUCAUUGAAAUGGUCUCUUACCAGAACCAAAAGUCACAAAAAGGUCACUCUGAAUUUUAUUUUUGUGUGCUGAGAAAAUAAAAUACCCAUAAUA